AGCGCACACAGAGCACAGAGCGGCGCCCCACCACCGCCUUUGCGUCAACCAGCCCAACCACACAGCCAGUGACACAACACAUCAGCCUGAGCUCGCAGCAUCCGCAUCUCACGGACCAGGGAGGACCAGGAGCACAUCUUCAUCCCAGCAUCCAUUCCACAACUGCCUGUCGUCGUCUGCGCACCGCAGACUCCAGGCGUGCUCAUCCUCAGAUCGCUUUUUUUUUUCCUCGCUCGAUUGGGAUUAUUUUUCUUUGUUGCAUUUGCAUUUCUCCGAGAUGGUUUGAUGUUUUAAUCGCGUUUUUGGGAGGAAACACGGGAUCUGGACGCGGCACAUCACCAUUGCAGUACGAUUAAAUUCUCAUCGAGAGGGAAAUCUGCAGACGCAGACAGAGAGCUGACAUCCAGCAGACACUGUUCAAAGGACACAUCUCCUCAGCUUUAAAUGCCCAGCUGCAGCCUGUAGCCCGGGACCUUCAGCUCCCACAAGCACCGAGGCUCUGAGACCCUCAGGACCCCCUCUGGUAGACGCUUCUCUGACCCAGUGCGGCUGAAGCCCCUGGACGUCCCCCCAGCUCCGCCAUGGGAACCGUGCUGUCUUUGUCCCCCAGCUACAGGAAGGCGGCCCUGUUUGAGGAUGGACCCGCCACAGUGGGCCACUACACGGCUGUCCAGAACAGCAAGAACGCCAAAGACAAGAACCUGAAGCGGCACUCGCUCAUCAACGUGCUGCCAUGGAAACGGAUUGUAGCGGUGUCAGCCAAAAAGAAAGGCUCCAAGAAGGUGCAGCCCAACGGGACCUACCAGAACAAUGUCACCCACCUGAACAACGAGAACCUGAAGAAGUCGCAGUCAUGCGCCAAUCUGUCCACCUUCACCCAGGAUCAGAGCACCCCUGCUCUCACCAAGAACUCCAACAACACAGCUUCAUCCGUGAAAAAGGCCCCUCUUACCAACUCUAAUGUGGCCCCCGGGACCCCAAAGAGAGUGAUUGUGCAGGCCUCUACCAGUGAGCUGCUGCGCUGCCUUGGGGAGUUCCUGUGCCGGCGCUGUUACCGGCUCAAACACCUGUCACCCACUGACCCGGUGUUGUGGCUGCGCAGCGUGGACCGCUCCCUGCUCCUGCAGGGUUGGCAGGACCAGGGCUUCAUCACCCCCGCAAACGUGGUCUUUGUCUACAUGCUGUGCCGCGACGUGGUCUCCUCUGAGGUGGCCACAGAGCAUGAGCUGCAGGCCGUGCUGCUCACCUGCCUCUACCUGUCCUACUCCUACAUGGGCAACGAGAUCUCCUACCCACUGAAGCCCUUCCUGGUGGAGAGCUCCAAGGAGACCUUCUGGGACCGCUGCCUGUCCAUCAUCAACCUAAUGAGCGCCAAGAUGCUGCAGAUCAACUCGGACCCGCACUACUUCACUCAGGUGUUUGCAGACCUGAAGAACGAGAGCCAGAAGGAGGAGGAGAGGAGCCGCCUGCUCAUCGGCCUGGACCGGAGGGUGAGGGCCAUCGCCUGACUGGCUUUCUUCAUGCAUCACGGAUGAGCGAGCAUCCUCGGCUGCAAAACCCCGGCUCUCUGGAACACCAACACCAACGGCCCCCCCCUCCAUUAACACGGAUACGACUGGACAUUUUCUGCUGCGAUGCAUAUCUGAAAGAACAGCAGCGACCAUUAAUGCUGGAUCCAUGUUUUUGCUGGACUUUUACUGUACGAGGAAAGAUUGGAUGGACUUUAAGGGCACAUUGCAUUGUGGGACUUUUGAUAAGAGGACAACAGCCGGAGGAGGUAUGGCCAAAGUGAGUGGCCAUACUGUGUGUCAGAACUUUAUUUUCAUCUAGAAAAAAUACAAGUUAAUGGAUGUUUUACUCCCCAGAGGCUAACCCCGAUGGAGGCUUAUUUAUUGCUUUUCUGGAACAAGUUUUCUUUCAUUUUUGUUCUUUUUUACUUAGAAAUGUAAUGUUUUGCACGUGUGCCAUGCAUUUUUUUUUCCAGGAGGAGGGCAGGAGCAAUUAUUCUAUCUCUUCUUUUUACUUGAUUUUAAAACCAACUGCAUCUGCAUUAGAGAAUGCUGUGAACAAAGUGACACUAGUUUUUUUUUUAGCUAUGCUUGCUAAAAUAGGCUAUUUGUUUAACCAGGGAACUUCUUUUUGUACUUUUGUCGAUAGGUUGUGUUGCAACCACUCUGGAAUGAUGUUUUUUUAAUUUGUGCUUAUGAUUCAGCAUAGAAAAUGUUAAAAACAGUGCCAUAUCUUUGAUGAAAACCCUGUAAGUCUGAGAACUACUGAACUGUUUGUCCUGCUGGUGGUUGAUGGAGGGGAUUUUCAUCUACUAAUAACUACUUACUGACACCUAAUUUAUUACCAUUUAUGUAUUUAUUUAGGCACAUUUAAUGUAAGUUAAAGGAGACUUUGCAAAGGGAAGGACAUGACAAGGAGGUUAGGUGUGCUUAUCUUUGGUGGGAAUGAAGAUUGAUCUGGUUUAUGCAAAUGAACGUUGCAGGAAUUUAUUGAUCGAAGUGUAAUUGAAAAGCCCUUAGAUCAAAACCAAUGCUUAAUCUGACCAUCACCAAAGUGACAUCAUCAAGGACACCUUGAGGAACACAACUUUGACCUUAACGCCCUGAGAACAUCUCUUAAUCCUGCAACGCCGGAUCUAACCCGACCUGCUGUCCCACAUAUCACAAACAGGAAGCACAUGCAUCUUUUUCAUGGGAAUUUUCAAUGAUGCUCGUUCUGCAGAAAAGCACAGCUUACCUUGAGGAUAAUCCAUCUGCAUCACCUCUUUAGGUGACAUCACAUUCGUGCAGAGGCUGUAGCAGAUCAGGGGUAAUCACAUUUCAGAAAGCACUCGACUAAAAUGAUGAGCAGGAGUGUGAAAUAGGGAUGCCAUUACAACUGAAAUAGUAAGCAUGCAGCUCGAUUCAGAUGUGUACUUUUGUUUGGAGCUCCUCUUCUGCAGCUUUUCUCUAUCUCUAUAAUGUCUCUCAAUCCUGGGGAACUUCAGUAUUUCUAUUACGAGGAAGCAGUUUUCCCUUAUCAUCUCCUAACAGGCUAAUUCUGCAGACUCUUCAGCAGUGUUAAUGGACUGGGCGUGCCAACAAAAGGCUUCUGUCAUGUUUUUAAAGUUGUUCCAGGAGAGUGGAAGGCUUCCCCGUCUGCUGUGUUAGUGUGAGUCAGAGGAAAUGAGCAGCUCAGAUUGUCACAUCCUGGAGUUAGAUCAAUAAAGGAAAGUUCAUUUGGAGAGCUUUUACCGGCACAAAAGGGGGGCGGCACACUUUGGAUGGGCGUCUGCUCUGGCAGGAAAAAGCAGGGCAUUGGGGUAAAGGGCCUCAAAGGAAAAAAAGAGAAUCCUUUUCUCUCUGUCCACCUGCCCCGACUCACUUGAAAUGUGCCAUUUUUUUCCACUUUGCAUCAUUGAGUAGUUGUUUGAGACUUUCAAAAGCUUAUUAAAUAUGAAAAAAGACUCAAGUGAUAGUUAAAGAUUUCUGUCAAAUUCUUUUCUGUAUCUUGUUGCGUACUUUGUAGAUAAAAACAGUGGUUAAGAAGUUCAAAAAGGGAGGCAUUCGAGGGCUGCAUGUGUGCGUGGAUGUGCGUGAGCGUGUGUGAAUGACAGCGUUUUAUUUGUACAGAAGAAUGUGUGACACAUUGUUUUCUUAUGGACUUGGAGCAAACACAGAUCACACUGGUACUAGGACUUGGUUUUCCCUUCGCUGUGGUGAGGGAGGGGUGUCGAUGCUGUUCAAUAAAACUGUUCUUUUUGAAAAAGACAAAAAAGCUCUCGCUGUAAUUGAACAUUUUUUCAGUUAGUUUCUGCUUAUUUUAAUUUAUUUUUGUACUGUGAUGGAAAAAUAAAA